AUCACUUUCAACACGUUACAUAUGUCCCAUGUAUGUAGACAUUAAGACUUGCUGUCACUAUGGAAACAUACAUGAUUUCAUUCCUUCUGGUUAUAGUGCUUCACUCAGCAUUAAGGAUAACUCACGUGAAGGGUCAGUCAUUGAGGCUACAAGGUUCGUCCCCCUCUGCUGUCAGGAAUGAGACCUUUCUGUUUACCUGUUCUGUCACCGGUAGAGGCUUCUUACAAGGAGGACUGUCGUUCCAAACAGUAACAGGAAGAUCAUUAAACGCUCCGUGUAUUGUCAAUGCUGGUACCUGCAGAGAGUUCAUCACUCUUCCUGGGUACACCUGUGAGUGUGUGAGUGGACAAACGCGGGUAUUCUACUUGAAUAUCACAUCAGUCAGUACAGAUGAUGAGGGUACCUGGAGGUGUCAGUACAGCGCUAUCAACAGUAACACCAUAAGCCUGGAUGUACUAUACGCCCCAGCAAUAACCACCGUACCUACCAACAAGAACGUGAUAGAGAACGCUAGACCUGACAUAGACUGCAGCAGUAACAUCACACCCGGCAACCCCUCAACAACACGCUACAGGUGGACAGGUCCAGGAGAGUACAGCAAGGAUGGGGCUGUACUAGACAGGCUUGUCAACAGGAACCAGGGAGGGAUGUACACCUGUACUGCCACCAACACUGCAGGACUGUCGGAUACGGCCCAGGCCAACAUCAAUGUGCAGUAUGCUCCAGUAAUAGCCGAUCUGCCUCCUAAUAACAACGUGAUAGAGAAUGCCAGUCCUGACAUAGACUGCAGCAGUAACAUCACACCCGGCAACCCCUCAACAACACGCUUCAGGUGGACAGGUCCAGGAGGGUACAGCAAGGAUGGGGCUGUACUAGACAGGCUUGUCAACAGGAACCAGGGAGGGGUGUACACCUGUACUGCCACCAACACUGCAGGGCUGUCAGACACAGCCCAGGUCAACAUUGAUAUUCACUAUGCUCCAGCAAUAGCCUAUCUGCCGCCUGAUAACAACGUGAUAGAAAACGCUAGUCCUUACAUUGACUGCAGCAGUAACAUCUCAUCCGGCAAUCCCUCAACAACACGCUACAGGUGGACAGGUCCAGGAUGGUACAGCAAGGAUGGGGCUGUACUAGACAGGCUUGUCAACAGGAACCAGGGAGGGAUGUACACCUGUACUGCAACCAACACUGCUGGACUGUCUGACACAUCCCAGGUCAACAUCAAUGUACAGUAUCGUCCAAAACGAGAUAUGCAGAAGGAUUUUAGUCCAACAAUAAUUCGACAAAUCAACGACACAGCUGCCAUGAUGGCUACAGCUGCAGCCAACCCGUUGCCACAUUUCACCUGGUGGAGAUAUGACAGCGGGCACCUGGAGAAUAUAGACGACGCUACCGACUACACUGUAUUCAGCUCAGACUUACAGACAGUCCUUAUUGUCAGGAUUGUACACUCAAGGGACUACGGGACAUAUGCACUGAGGAUGAACAACUCCUAUGGGGAAAGUACACUGCUAUACAGACUUUCACCAGCAAGCAGUGCUACUGGUCAGUCACAACAAGAUCGACUCGGACAUGGGAUUGGAAUUGGAGUUGGAGUUUUGCUGCCUGUGGUACUUGUCUUAGUUGUUAUCAUUGUAUUGAUGUGGCGACGAAACCAUGAACACAUUGACACGGUUAACAAAGAUCAAACAGAAAGCAUUGAAAUACAGUCACAAGGAUACGGAACAUCCAACCAAGAUGGAGCCUAUGCAAGCCUUGAUGACGAUGCCCCUCGGAAUAACGAAUAUGAGAAACUCGACAUGGCAAGCACCAAUAAAGAAUCUUCAGAGCCGAUUGGUGUGGUUGAAAAGGAAUCUGUCUACCAAAACCAAGGGGCCGGUGGAGUUUGCAAAGAUUAUGAAGGUGGAAAAAAUACAGCGGAGCAAGAGUGACUACAAAGUUCCAUGCUACAUGUGUAACGAUCAAUGUGUGAAUACCAAGAUCCAAGCAACAUAUAUUGCACUCAGGAUGUGUUUUCCCAGUUCCAAGCUGCAUAUGUAUCGACCCGGGUGUGAAUAACAAUUUCCAAUAUAUAUAUAUAUAUAUAUA